AUGUCGCACCUUAAGACGUUGAGCCUUACACUUUCAGAAGAUGGGUUCCCUAGCCGGUCUCAGGACGAAGCUGCCUCGCUCUUGACGAACGUCAUCUUAACCUCACAGGUCCUUGAGGAUCUUCGUCUCAGUGCUGGACCAAGAACUGCGUUCGGCCCCAAGGUUAUCUCCACCAUGCUCAGAGAAUUGACAUCAAGCAAGCUUCGGAUAUUCCAUCUGCGCGAUUUUGUUAUAGACAGAGCGACAGAUCUUCUCAGCUUCCUCACACGGCACGAGAACACUCUCGUAGACCUUAAGUUUACAACCAUCUCAAUAAUCACCGAGGGCAAUGUCCUUGGUUGGAAGGUAAUUUUCCAGAAACAACUAAGCAUGCUGGAUCGCGAAGAGCUCCGGGCCCUAGAAGUCGGUAACCUCUUCGAACUUAAGCGAACUACCUACGACGCCAUCGUCUUCCCAUUCUCCGAGGUUGUCGACGAUAGAUACCGUCGGUGGUACCGCUCCACCAAUCUCAAGGGUCAAAAGCACCGACGCUUGAGCAUCGACUACCCUGCACCCCGCGAGGUGACGGAGACUACCUUGGUGAAGAUGGUGAACUACCACACGAGACGAAGUGGCUUAUACGGCGAGAGGAACAUGAUUGAUGAUGGUCUACCCGCGAAGAUAACGGGCUUCGCCAUCAAGUACAUCCAGGGACCGUCUACGGACAUCGCCAUACCUCUCACUGUUGACCCAGCGUCGGCGCCCCCUGCCAGGUUCGAGGAGCUAUGGUUCGGGCCCGAAUUGCAGAUUCCGCCUGGUGAUGAGGAUUGCGGUGACUUCGACUUGGAAUGCGGGGUGGAACCUCUAGAUCCCAAUGAUCCGGUGUGGGACUAUCCCUGGGGUAGACCGGCCGUCGUUGAUGUGCCUCGAGAGUCUUGGAUCAGCAUGGUCUGGGGAUUGUUGGUUUGGAUCGUGUGGGCUUGGCGUUGGUGGUUGUGA